UACUUCCGCCGGCCACCGGAAAAAGGAGAAGAAGAAGAGAGGCAAGAUGGCGCUGCUUCGGAGGACGAGUGCAGUUGCGCUGCUGUCCCGCCCGCUCAGGACCUUCUGCUCCGGGACUUCCGGCAGCCAGCAUGCCGACGACGACAAGCCAAAGUCGGGCUUCGCCGCCUCUUUCAGCUCGCCGCCGAAGGCUCCAGAGGCCAGCUUCGCCGCGCUGCUGCGUGCCAGCCCGCUGGUGCAGAUGGGAGAUGCCCGGAACAAGAUGGCGGUGGGCACGGUCUUCCACGUGGUCGGCGACGACCUUUACGUCGACUUUGGCGCCAAACUGCACUGCGUGUGUCGGCGGCCCGCACGCGCACGCGCACUCAGUCUGGCGCGCGGCAGCACUGUCCGCCUCAGGCUCCAAGACCUGGAAGUGACGUCACGCUUCCUGGGGGGGUCCACCGACACUUCCUUGUUGGAGGCGCACGCCAUCAUCGUCUCCCCUCAGGACGAGGGAGACUCCUCCCCCGACCGUGACGUCACCCAGUAGACUGCCGUCUGCGCCGUGACGUCACCUGGGCCAGUACACUGGACAGUCUGAAACCUCGUCAAAAUACACCUUUUGUGUUAUUUAGUGUGUCAAACCUCAUCAAAGUACACUUUUUGUGUUAUAUAGUUUGUCAAACUUCAUCAAAAUAAACCUUUUGUGUUAUUUAGUGUGUCAAACCUCAUCAAAAUACACCUUUUGUGUUAUUUAGUGUGUCAAACCUCAUUAAAGUACACUUUUUGUGUUA